CGUGACGGGGGGAGGGGCAGAGGAAAGAACUCUUACCCGCCGCCAUCUCGGGGUGGGCCUGGAGCCCCACCUGGCUGGCCGGAGCACGCCCGAGAUGGCUCUCGGCCUGGGCCUCGGGGCUCUGAUGCGCUCCAUAGAGACGCAGGGCCCGAGCUCGCCCUGCGAGCGUUAGCGCCUCCCUGGUGCUCACCAGGGCUUCCGCUGGCCCCCACCGCCGCUCCCUAGCAUCGCCCCGGCCCGGGCUUCCCCGCGAUCCUCCCUUUUUGGAGGUCGCUGUCGAUAGACGGGUGACCAGUGAAAAAGGGCUGGAGAUGGUUGGAACUCAACAAAUGCUAGUGAGAGAUCUUAUGAAAAGAGUCGCUUCGCAGGUGACACAGGCAAGUUAUCGUUAAUGGGGCAAGAAACAAAGCAGCUCUGCCAAAGAACCUGCGGCAGCGGAUUGCCCAGUAUCUCCACGAGAGUUUCCUGGAGAUCUCUGAGGGAGAUUCCCGUGAAGUGAGGGAGUGUAUCAACAGCCUGUUCUGCUGCUCAAACUAGACAUGAGGUGGGAGACAAGCCUGCUUUCUGCAACCCUCCUGCCCCCAAUAACUCGCUUCAUCAAUUCCCCAAAUCAGAUCCACUUACCAGUGGUCUCCUCUCCUGCUUGCGCUUUGUCAAGAUCCAAUUGCUAUGACUGGCUAGCUCCUCCAGGGUAGAAAAGAGCUCCUGACUGCAUGCAUCUCUGGCCUCCGAGUCAUCCUCUGCCUCUGGCUUCCCCUCCCCCUCUUCAUCCAAGAUUGCCUCUUCCUGGCUCAGUCCACUCUCAACUGGCACACAAGCCAACGAAAUAUCCACAGGGGCCUUUGCAGUGGAGGUGGGGUCACCACCAAAUAUUGCAUCCAGCUCUUUGUAGAACCGGCAUUUUGUGGGCGCAGCACAGACACGGUGGUUUGCCUCCUGCACCAUGUGGUAGGUGUUCCUCAGCUCCUUCACUUUGACCCUGCACUGCAAUGUGUCCCGGUCAUGGCCCUUUUCUUUCAUGCAUCUAGAAAUCUGUCCAUAGGUAUCAUAAUGCCAACGGCUAGAGUGCAGCUGUGACUGCCCUGCCUCCUCUUCCCAAAUGCUGAUGAGGUCCAGCAGCUCGGCAUUGCUCCAAGCGGGGGAUCGCCUGGUGCAUGGAGGAGGCAUGGCGACCUGGAAAGAUGCGCUGAAACCACUGCAUGCAUCACUGAACAAACAGGAAGGGGACUUUCAAAUUUGCAAAGGAAUGUAUGGGGCUGACGUUUGGUCACCUGAGGGCAGGGUAGUAGAGUUCAAUCCAGUGGCCAGAGAGGUGAGAACAGGCAUUGUGGGACACCUCCUGGAGGCCAAUCACUGGCUCUGCAGCACUGUAGCCCCGGUGCAAAUAGCUCUAUGCCUCUCGUCUGGGUUGUUUUUUUAGAGCGCUGCAUCUGCGCAGUUUCUGCACACCAAGUGGCUUGGCAGUGUAUACACCUCAGGAGUUAGAGCGCUCAAAGCUGCUUUACUGCGCACAGGGGCCUAAGUUUUGUACUUAGUUAUUAUGGUGAUUAACAUUAAGAUGUGGCCAUGAAAGAGACAAAUGUCAUCUUAGGAUGUAUCAGAUGAGGUAUUUCCAAUAGAGACAGGGAAGUAUCUCUGAGCACGCCUAUGGGAUCAGGCCCUGGACAUGACCUGGGUGGCCUAACGCCCAUGUUUCCCCAGGUUUGUGAAUCACUCUGGGGCUUGGGAGUAGGUGCUUGAAUGUCUAGAUUGAGGCAGCACUGCACAUGCUCAGAUGCAGAAACAUAGGCACCUAAGGAACUGUUUACUCCAAUUUACGCCAAGCAACUUUAGGUGUCAGCAGGCAUAGGUGCCGACUCCAUGGGUGCUCACCCACAGGGAAAAAAUGGUGGGUGCUGAGCACCCACUGGCAGCCAGCUCCCCUCUCCCCACCAGCACCUCCCGCCCCCCAGUGACCCCACUAAUCAGCACCUCUGCCUCCCUCCCAGCACCUCCUGCCUGCCGAAGAUCAGCUGUUCCGCCACGUGCAGGAGGUGCUGGGGGGGAGGGGCGAGGGUAAGGCACACUAGGGGGAGCGGAGGUGGAAAAAGGCGGGGUGGAGUGGGGGCUUGGGAAAAGGGAGCAGAGCCAGAAGGUUGAGGAUCCCUGGCAGAUUAGAAAAUUGGCGCCACUGCCUACAGGUUAGGUGUUUUGUGGAUUGCAGUGGCACCUAGAACUGGGACUUAGGUGCCGAAGUACUUUUGCAAAUCCUACCCUAAGUGCCUGAUCCUGAACUAUUAGAGUCAUUGGGAGCUUUGAUGUUGAUUUCAAUGGAGCAAGAUGGCAGCUUUUGACCACAAAGAAUCAAACCCAUCUUUCCCUAUAAAUUCACGUGGCCAUGUUGAAAUAUUGGAGAAUAUAUGCUUCUUACCGGGGCAGAUUUCUGACAGCACAGCACCCAGAACACACAGCAGAAUCCUUUGAUAUGGAGCAAUUUCACUUUGAGUCCUAUUCUGCAAUCUGUGCCUAGGCUAUGGUCUCAGUUAAAUGCAUCCGAUGAAGUGAGCUGUAGCUCACGAAAGCUUAUGCUCUAAUAAAUUUGUUAGUCUCUAAGGUGCCACAAGUACUCCUUUUCUUUUUGGUCUCAGUUAAGUAUUACUUCUGACUCUGCUUGACAGAGUUCCUCUGAAGCCCACCAGAUGGUGCCCUACACCACAAAGAAUAGGUGUCAUAUAAAGACACUGAAUUAAAAUCUUGCUCCACUUACGUCAAUGGGAAUUUUGCUACUGAUUCCGAUGUGGUUAGGAUGUCAUCCUCUUUCUUUAAGUGUGGGUGAGCCACUGGGCCCUGAUCCUCAGCGAUAUUUAGGCACCUAACUCCCAUUGAUUUCAAUGGGAGUUAGGCAUCUAAAUAUCUUGAGGCUCUGAGCCUCGGUGCCUGAUCCUCCUACCACUGAGGUCAAUGGCAAAAGUUUCAGUGAGAGCAGGAUUAGGCGUUACUUUAGAAUGAUUUCCCUUCCAUAUUUUAUAAAAAUCUGUGAAGCCCUUCUAUGAAAAACUACAGAUUUAAAUUUAUGGGAAUUGGCCUUUUCCAUAAAUGUUGUCAUCAUUCUGUUUAUUUUUAAAACAAAGGAAGAUCCAAUAGAUUUAAUUAGCAAUUGAAGGUUAACAAACAGAUACAGACUCAGAAAAAGAAAAUUUAAAUGGAAGAUUGGGAAGACUUACUAAUAGCAAGGAAACUCACAAGCAAAAUAAUGGAAGCCGUGUUGCUUGAUACAUGAAAAUUUAGAUUGGACAAAGCACUAGAAAACACACUGCAGAGAACUGUACUACACAGGAACUGUACAGCUAUAUUUCUUCAUCCUGUAACUUCUGUGACUCAAAGAUGUCCCCGAAGAUAUUUAUAAAGGAACUAAGUCUCUGGAGAGAAAGAUUUCUUCUUUGGAAUGAAUGUCAGUACUCUGCGGUGACUCCGGAAGCGGUGUGUUCCAUGGCUGUCUCCUCCUCGACUGGCCAGCUUCUGUUACUAGCAGUUUCUGUGUGGAGCAGCCUUCUUCCUGGUGGUUGCAGAACGCCACUGAAAAGUCCCCAACUGGUUGGAGAAAUUGCUUCAUUUGUGCAGAUGUCCUGGACAGGGGAUAUCAUGUGCCAGCUGCCACACGGCUCAUCACUACCGGUGUGGUAUCAGCACUUGGGCCCUCACCACUCAAGUUUGCUGAUACAUCUCGAUUUGGUACAGGCGCUCCUUCCUCAGUGCAAAGUGCAGGCCUGCCUCUGGAACUCACUGUCUCUGCAUGAUGCAGCCUUCUUCCUGGUCAGCACCCCUUCCUAUGCUGGCUGCAGACCGUCGGGACCCAUAUCAGUAUGGAGCGCUCCAGCAUUGGUGCGCAACAUGGUGCCAAGGAAGGAUUCUAGUAUAAAAGAACCUUGGCACCGGCACCACAGCCAGGGACAGCGCCCUGGCACUGCUUGACCUCGCUGGUGCCACAUAAGUGCCAUAAGAAGACUGAUAGGGGGUGCUCACCAGCUAGGAAAGCCACGGGACCGUCAGGGGAUGCACUGCCUCUCAUCCUAUUGAGCUCUGUGAAGACAUCUACACAGCAAUGUAAGCCCAGGGUCAGUAGAACUCAAUUUAGCAGACCCUGGGUUAGUUAAUUUCGGGCUUGAGCAUCUACACUCAUAUUUAAUCUCAGGUUAGGAUUGUUGAACCCUGGAUCCUGACCAGGGGUUCCAGUGUCUAUACUGCAUUAUGUGGAUCCGAGUCCAACCAUCCAUAUCCCAGACUUCCUAGCACCCUCCCAUAGCCUUUGGCUAAGAUUUUAGGGAACCACAAGGAGCAGCUAUAUGUGGAUUAGAAAGGGUAGAUUAUGUAAAACUGCUAUUGCACUCUCCUUUACCUACACUUUUGGUGAAGCACAGGCCAGAGUUCUAUUUUUUCAGAAAUCAUGACACCCAGGGCUCUUGCAUUCAAACUCCCUGAAUGGAGGUGUUAAUAGCAGCUUCCAGUCACCUUCAUAGAAUACCACUCAAUUUCUUAGGGCUUGUCUACAUGGGGACACUCAGGAAAGUUAAUCUGAAUAACUGAUUAGUUAAACUGCAUUAAACUGCUUAAAUUCACAUCUUUAAUUAGUUUAGGUUAACUUUUUCUGAGUGUCCCCAUGUAGACAAGCCAUUAGUAAACAAAUAUUUACAUUGAAUGCAACAACAAAAAUUAAACAGCAUUUGAAAUACCUCUCAAUAACUUUUAAUACAAAACCUAUUAGUUAGUAAAUCUUCCUCAAGAGCUUUCUACAAACUCUUUCUGCUGCCAUUACCAUACACAUUCAUGAAAGUAAGAUUUGGUGUAUAAUACCUUCAAUAUUGUCAAGAACUGUGUGACAUUGCACUCCAUAUGUUUAUGGAAAUAUGCUUAUGAGUGUAAAUAUAAUGUACCUGGAAUAUGCUUUAUGCAAAAGGUCUCUUGUAAGGUAUCAUUACAAAGCUUAUAAUCUAUUGAG